AUGUUCUUAAAUGGUUUUAUGGAUGCCUUGGAAAAGGUAACGCUCCAAUACUCUAGCGACCUGCAAGAAUUGCAUCGAUUCAACCACGAAGCCAAUCUGUUGACCGAUAGCAUACGAUUACUUUUGAAACGCAAUCAAUCCGAGUUCCACGAUUAUCUCGAACAGUUGCCAAAAUGUGCCUCUUUGGUGCAUCAGAUUAAUCUGGAAAUGCCCCACCAAUUUGAGAUAUUUUUGCCCAUACGAUUGCCCUUCUCGCUGCAGACCAGAUUCCAUGCCUCCGAGCGCAUAGUGCAAUUAACCAAAUCGAAUUCGAAUAACUACUGUGGACAUCCUUUUUUCUUUGGCAAUGCGCUAAAUGCGAAACACAUCAACUGUCGCCUCGAGCGUGAUCUAAAGAAUACCAUCGAUUCGAUGCGCAUUCACGUUGGCAUCUGGGAUGAUGUUUAUGAUGUCGAAUAUAAUGCACUUAUGUACAAUGGCGCUCCCUUUGUGCAUCAGGUGUACGCGAGGGAUCGGGGGGCAGUUGAUCGGGGCAUCCGCAUCGAUUUCAUCUUGGCCAUUGAGUUUGAUGGCGCUGAGAUGCCGUUGCCAGCGUAUUUCGAUGCGCCCAUCAGCAGCAAGUGGUUGGCCUACGGAGUGCCCCACUAUGGCAGCAGCAACAGCGCCUUCGACUGGGCUGUCGUUUUGCCACACUGGCGCACGAGAGACGAUCGUGUCCAUUAUCGCAAUCAUAAUGCGAUGCUGCUUCUCUUUCGCUCGCUGUACGCACAGCGCUGCUUCUCAUUUGCCACGCCCUUUUUUGUUAAGCUCUGCUUCUUCAUGACCACAGUAGAUUGUGGCAAGAGCUACAAGCGGUUGCCGUCUGGGGAUCUGAUAAUAAAGACUUUGGGUCACAUGCUCUUUUACAAUUAUGUUGAGCUGUUUAAGCCGCAAUCCCAGCUGGCUUCAAUAUCGAAGCUGCUCGAACAUCAGAUGAUCGGCAAAGAGAUCUUUAAAACACUCAACAGGAGCAAGAAUGUCAAACAGAAAUGCCGGUUGCUGAUGGACGAAAUCUUUCGUUUAGACUAUCAGCUGGAACAGAAGAAGGAAGAAGAGGAGGAGCAGACUAAGGAGGUGGAGAAGGAACUGGUAGAGGUGGAGGUGGAGGAGGAGCACGAGUAUUUGGAAUUGGAGGAAAUGGACGAGGACGACUACGAAGCAAUUGCUGAGGGAAAGGAUGAGCUAAUGAUGCUGCUAACAGAGGAGCUCGUGGACGUCAAUGAGGAGGAUGAUGAGGAUUGGGAGGAUGAUGAAGAGUGGGAGGAUGAGGAAGAGGAGGAGGAGGAGCUUGUGUAUUUGGAAUUGGAGGAAAUGGACGAGGACGACGACUACGAAGCAAUUGCUGAGGGAAAGGAUGAGCUAAAGAUGCUGCUGACAGAGAAGCUCGAGGACGUCGAUGAGGAGUAUGACGAAGAGUGGGAGUAUGACGAAGAGUGGGAGGAUGACGAAGAGUGGGAGGAUGAGGAAGAGGAGGAGGAGGAGCUUGUGUAUUUGGAACUGGAGGAAAUGGACGAGGACGACGACUACGAAGCAAUUGCUGAGAGAAAGGAUGAGCUAAAAAUGCUGCGGACAGAGGAGCCGGAGGACGUCAAUGAGGAGGGUGAUGAAGAGUGGGAGGAUGAGGAAGAGUGGCACGAUGCGGAAGAGGAGGAGGAUGAAGAGCAUGAGCAUCUGGAAUUGGACGAAGGCCGAACUAGCCGUGCUGCUGACAGAGGACAGCUUCAAGAAGAUGACCCCCAAGUAGAGGAGCAGCCACAAAGGGCUGCUUCGCCUCAUGCAAAGGAGGCGGACGAAUCGCGUCGUAAGAGUCACCGCAGCAUUUAA